AUGGCUCACGGAAAAAAGACACCGCGAAAUUGGAAACAGGGUGCACCUGUCAGGUCCCUGAAGGAGAACAAUGCAUUAGUCGCCGCCAGUCUUCCAAAGGCAAACACUCCAUCAUGUCGCGCAUUAUCGGGUUUUAUUCGAAAUCUUUUGGACUACAAUUGUAUCAGCAAAGAAUACCCAGCGCCGCCUACUCCAGAAGAAUACGCGCAGUUAGAUAAUCCAACUCACGAAAUCAUCAUGGAAGAUCAGAGGCUAUUCCAUCCCGGACUUGAUAGUUCAACCUCAACCGAAGAUAAGUGGGCUGUUACCAAAGCCUUAUUCUCUACCGACCUCCAAAAGUAUGGCGCCUUGCGAUUUACCUUUGACUGGACCCUCAACAAAGGUACUCAUUGGAAUCGGGUGAUGACAUCCUUAUUGAUCAAGCACUGGUUAAAUGCAAAGAAGCAAGGUUUAUUUUCUAAGUCAGGAAUAAAUCCAUCUCACAUGACGGAAUCAAAAGCUGAAGGAAUGGUCACACGAUGGAUCCGUGGACGAGCUUUUGACAUCCAAUCUGGGCGAAACCAACCUGAAAAGAUUCGCAAGGUUGAGAAAAAUAAGAAAAAAAGGGUGGAAUCGAGCCUGCGACAUCUUGGUCAACCUGCAUUACAGUUGAUCCCUGAUGCAGAUUGCUGCUCUGAGACAGAAUGGGAGCCAUCUGAAGUAGAGUACGAAAAGAUUGGCUUGAUUUGGCGGAGUCAGCAGUAUGAGGCUUUCCUUCACGCCGUAGAUUGGACCGUAACGGUACUCAAGACAUCAGGUUUGGAUCUUCAGCAGGUCGACACUUUGGCUCUCUUCAAGCGUGGCAUCUCGACAAGCAUUCACAUCAUUGAUUGGAAUUGGAUGUUGGGAAUAGUAUUGGCACGUUGGGCUUUUAUCAGACUUGAGAGUUUGCUCAUAAAAACCGCUAAAUUACGCAUGACGGCCCCGGAGGGUCUGACUCGAACUGCAACAACCGAAAAGCCCGAUGGGGCGGAAGCUACAACGAUCAUGUCCCUAGUGAUAAAGGAAUACAACCCCCAAUAG